CGUUAAAACUGGAAGCGUGGCACAGAAGACGCUGUGGUGAUCUAGUUUUGCGAUGUAAGCGGCUUCCUUUGUUCUGUUCGCUCUUCGGUUCUUCUUGCAGCUUUCCGUUCUUUUCCCAUCUCCCACGACCAUGUUCCGAGUCGCGCUGAGGAGAGCAGCGACGAAAGCCCCAGCCCAGUCCCGGAAGGAACCCAUACUCUCCUCGACGCCAGUCCUGAGGACCUACGCGGGCAACGGCCCAGAUGCUCCCCAGCACGAGCGCGUUGGUGUUGCUCGCCAGAUGAUCCAAUACGCCCUCGGCCAUGCUAGAUCCCACAGAUCAGGGGAAUCGUUUGCCCAGGCGAUGCUGGUGCUGGAGCAAGGGCUGUCCAACUUUCGAGGAGGAGGAGAUGAGGAGGCGAUGGGAAUGCUGACGCUUGCCAUGUCCACUUUGCACUACGAAAGAGGCCAGCUUCGAGAUGCCGUGGAGAAGCUCGAGAUGGUUCGCCAGCUGAGGCGCACUUCUUUAGCUCUUAAAGUUGCAGCAUGGGAAGCUUUGAUCGGGCUAGAGUUGCAACAGGGCCAGGAUGUUCGUCCCUCAGUGCUCGCAGAUGAAUUCUCUCAACUGUCGAGGAAAAGCACAGAAGUCAGUGUACCUGAAUUGCGGGCUAAAGCCAUCAAGGGACUUGCUGAUCUUGUGAAUGGGGAACUCCAAUCAGCUGAGCUGCUCUUUGAGGGGCUUCGAGACUAUAAUGUAGAAGAGGGUCAAGAUCAAAUGGGAAAUAUUGCUCUUUCUCAUGGGGAAUUUCUACAUUGCACGGGGAACUUUGCAUCAGCAAAUGACUUCUAUGAGAGGGCACACAAGAUAUCAGAAGCAAAGGAUAAAUCAAGCAAUUUGUAUCUGUCUUCUGCCAACAUGAUCCCUGAAGAAGUUCUCCUGGGAGCUACAUGUGCAUUAGGUCAGCUCUUGUCGCAUUUGGGGAAAUUUCAAGAAGCAGAGGAGUUGCUAACAAAGGCACUAACUAAGGCUGAAAAUCAUUUUGGCUCCACUCAUCCGAAGGUUGGGAUUGUGUUAACUUGCAUAGCUCUUAUGUUUAAACAUAAAGCGAAAAUGGAAGCUUCAAGUUCUAUAUUGAUCCAGGAGGGAUUAUAUAGGAGGGCCAUUGAUUUGCUAAAAGCUCCAGCCUUGGAUUGCGAAGAUGAUGAAAUACAGGUGGAUAGAGGAGACAUUGUUGCCCUUGCAAGAGGUGGAUAUGCAGAAUUGUUAUGCAUUCAGCAGAACAGAAAAGAUGAAGGUGAACGAAUGAGAAAGUGGGCGAAGACUGUUUGGAGGAACCAUCGAUUAUCUCUAGCCCAGGCGCUAGACUUUUUGGAACCGCCAAAGGCUGCUGUUAUCGACACACGGAUCGGUAGAGUUAUAUGAUUACCAGUAACGAAGGCUGUAUAAUUACCAAGGCCUAAUAUAUCUCGCUACGAACAUUUCUGUGUACCAUUGCCUGAUGCCUUGUGGUGGAUCACUUUACGUUUCAUGUUCACUCUCUAUCUAUGUGAAGUACGAAACUACAAACAAUACAGUCUUUGUUGUCUUAUGUUUGUAAUUAAUAAAUAUUUUUAAUCAUAAAUUUUCAUGUACUAAGUUUGAUAGAUCCGCAAAUAUAUCAAUGUCCACUAAUAUCUGAGGCU